AGGAAGGUCAAGAAUCGAGGCACGGAUUCACUGCUGCAACAAAGAUUAUCACUAUAUACAACUAACUUAUCAAACUGUUGGAAAAUACUUCGUGAUUUCACACGAGACACGUGAUUAUUGCUUUCUACGAUACAAAAGACGGUACAUUAGGUUUUUAUUAUACGUUUUUAUUAGUUUCCGUCUGGAAAGCUGCCGUUAGCUGGCUAGCAUUAGUAGCUGCAUUGUUAUUGUUUUCGCUUCACUAACGGACAUAAAGCAGAUGCCCCGAGGUCUGCCGGCCGAGCCGAGGCGGGGGUCUGGACAACCCGGGUGAUGUUGUUUUGUCCGUCCCUGGAAAAUGGAUGAAAGGUCCAGCAGCAGCAGCAUCAGACACCACCGGCUCCUCAUCGUCCUGCUCAUGGUGUUGCUCUUUGGCAUCAUUAUGAUCCAGUAUGUGUGCCCCAGCAGGUCUGAGUGCCAGAUGCUGCACCACCUGGGCUCCUGGUUUAAAGACGGGGGUGCAACUGGUCCCAGGAGCAGUGGAAGCAAUGAUAUCCAGGACGGGCUGCAAAGGGAUCCGUACAUCGCAGAAGACGGUGCCCUGGUUCGCUUUAUCCCUCGAUUCAAUUUUACCCAGGCCGAUUUAAAUCGUGGUGUUGACUUCAACAUCAAAGGGGAUGAUGUGAUAGUGUUUCUGCACAUCCAGAAAACAGGUGGCACCACCUUUGGUCGACACCUGGUGCGUAAUAUUCAGCUGGAAAGGCCUUGCGAGUGCCACGCAGGUCAGAAGAAGUGUACCUGUUUGCGGCCAGGUAAAAAGGAAACCUGGCUGUUCUCCCGGUUCUCCACCGGCUGGAGCUGCGGGCUUCAUGCAGACUGGACCGAGCUCACCAGCUGCGUCCCGUCCCGCAUGGACUCACGAGAGGCUCCCGAGACACAGCUCAGUAGGAACUAUUAUUAUAUCACCAUCUUAAGAGACCCAGUUUCACGCUUCCUAAGCGAGUGGCGUCACGUGCAACGGGGUGCUACCUGGAGAGCGUCUUUACACGUUUGUCAUGGACGUUCACCUACUCUGUCUGAGCUGCCAAGCUGUUACUCAGGGGACGACUGGUCCGGCUGCUCCCUGCAGGAGUUCAUGGACUGCCCCUAUAACCUAGCCAACAACCGGCAGACCCGCAUGCUGGCCGACCUCAGCCUGGUGGGUUGCUACAACGUCUCCACCAUGAGCGAUGAAGAGCGCUGGGCGGUGCUUUUGGAGAGUGCUAAACGUAACCUACGAGGCAUGGCCUUCUUUGGGCUGACUGAGUACCAGCGUAAAACCCAGUAUCUGUUUGAGCAUACCUUCAAUCUGGAGUUCAUUGCACCCUUCACGCAGCUCAAUGGCACACGUGCCUCUAGCGUUGAUGUCCCAUCUGAGACACAACACAAAAUCCUCCAGCUGAACCGAUGGGACGUAGAGCUGUACGAGUACGCCCGUGACCUUUUCCUGCAGCGCUUCCAGGUGGCAAGGCAGCAGGAGCGCAGGCAGGCCAGGGCGAGGCGGCAGCAGGAGAGGAGGCGUCUUCGUGGAAGACUCACAACAAAGCAAGGGAGGCAGCUGAAGCCCACAGAAUCUCCCCGUCAGCCAGCGAGCCGCUCUGCAGCUGCUGAGGAGCAGUUCAGGGCAAAGGCUGGCGGGGGAAAUGUGGAAACAGAAGUGCUGCUUCCGGACUGGUGGGAUCAGGAUGAAAAUGGCACCAUGGAGGAUUACAUGAACAAUGUGGAGCAGUGGUAGUGACGGGAGCGAGCAGGAGGCUGUCUUAAUACAAUGUGUGCCAAGCUCUGCCUUUUUGGUUGUUAAUGAAUCAAAGUUAUUCUUAGUAUAUGCCUUCCACUACAUUUUAUUUUUGUUUACUAUGAACAAAUUGCACACAUGUAUUUAUUGAUACUGAUUGUAUUUCUUUGACACAACUGACGUUCAUAAUGAGUACUUUUUCUUUCACAGAAAGAAAGGCUGGUCUAGGUAUCUGCAAACCUUCAUCGUUCAGUGAUCACACACACCUUCUGCACUGGUCUCCUCAGCACAGUUGCAUGAAAACCUUUUAGACAAAGGUUGCCCUUAAAAUUGCAUUAAAUCACCACAGGGAUCAUCUUAUAAUGUGUGUGCUACUUAAGUAUUCCCUCAUGUGUUGCGAAGAAGUCCUUUGUAGCUAUUUAAAAGGACCCUUACCAGUCUAAAGUGAAAUAAUGUGUAGAAAAUAAUUGCUUAUUUUAUGGUGAUUGAAUAAGAGAUAUCUGAGCAUUUUUCAGGGCAGGGAACACUGGAUAAUAUGAGCAAAGUGCAACUUUUUAGAGAGUAAAGAUUUGAUCGUCAAAAUCUUAUUACACAUUUUAAUUAUAUUAUAUACAGUAUGUCAUAUUCUUUGAGGAAACCACAUGCUCAUCUUCUGUCCAGUAUGGCUUUGUUUUUUGUUUGAAAAUAAUGCUGUAAAGUAAGAUUGAAAGAUGAUCAUGUGAUUGAAGCAUAACUGUUGUUACUCAAGAUAACAUGCUCAGUGCUUUGACAGUUACUACCAUGAAAGCCUUACUCCAAACACUUGGACAAGGAGGGUUUUUCUGCGUUCCUCAAUGAGCACUUAAUAUAACGAUAAUAUAGGGGACAAACUGAAGCUUGAAACUCAAGGUAGUUUAUGCAACUGGGCACUGGCUUUUUAACACGUAUACACAAAUGUGACGUUGCUUGGAAUGAGGGGGGGUUUAUUUUAGUUUGUUAAAAAGAACAAUGUGAUACUUGUUUCUAUCAAUAAUAUGCUACUGUUUGUGAUUUACAAUCUAUAUGUUUGCCAAACUGUUAUGUUGUCCUAAAUGCAUACAUUUUAAAAUGUACCUUUUGUUUUUCAGUGUCUUUUAAGUAACAGAAAAGGAGAAUUUUCCAUAGAUACCUCAUUGUGAAGCAUUAUCUGCUAAUGUUGUAAAAUGACUGAAUGUGACCCGAUGCUUAAUCUUUUAUAUAAAAUGCUUUUACAUGAA